AUGGACGCCGCAUACAAUCAACACUCCCCCUACUCGCGACAUAACAGUCGCUCCUAUACAAACCUCAGCGGUGUCUCUCUCGCGCCAUUGACCUUGAGGCUACCCCUCUCUGAUCCCCACGCCCUCCCGGAAUCCAGCUACUCCUACAUUGAAGAUAGAUCCGCCCCUACGACCCCCUCAGUCCUCUCUCGAUCAUCCUCUCGAGUCUCACUGCGAAAGCCUACACGAAUUAGCAUCCCUAAAAGCAGAUCUAGCGUCUACCUCCUCCCUUCGAAACAAGCUCGGUCCACCCCAACUACUCCCGGCGGUGGCAAAUUGCGCAAAUUAGCAUUUAGAGACGAUUCCUCCAUAAAUCCCUUUUCAGAAAAUGACAGAAAUGACUCGGAUUGGCUGUUGCGCGCUGGCGCUACCAUGUCCACCUCAGCUCGAGAAUCGAAAGGCCAAACCUGGCUAGUGUCUCGAGCGAGUUCGACAAGCUUAACAGCCCAGGACGAGGACGACGAGGAAGUAGAAAAGAAAGAAUUGGUACGGGAAAGAGCUAGGCGCAGUAGGAGAGGAAGUGGAGCUGGUGCUUUCGAUGCAGAUGAUGAGUUCUCCCCAGUCACAACGAGAAGUCGACCUCUUAGUCGAUAUUCGAGUCGAGGAAAUAGUAGGAGGGGAAGCAAGGCACACUUGUUUACCCCAAAGGCGAUGGUAGCUAUGGAAAAGGAGGGUUAUUUCAAUCAUAAAGACUUUGAGGACGACGAUGAUUUUAUUGCGGAACCAGAUUUCGUCGAUGUAGAGGACGAAGGUAUCGAGGCAGAGGAACAAGCUAAGAUUGACGAAGCCGUCGUUAGGAAAUUAGCCCGAGCGAAUAGUGCCGGACUUGGAGGCUGGAUGGAAAACCUUUUGGGAUGGAGUUUGUUCGCUGUUGAAGAGGAUGGAGAAGAAACUGAAGUCGAAACCAUAGAUGAGAAAACCGAGGGUUCAGAAGUCUCUUCAAGGACAUCGAGGAGGAAUAUUGAUGGGGCAACGGAUGAUGCGAAAGAUUACAUGCCACCUCUUGCAGAUGAAGAAGCUGGGGGUUGGCAGGAUGCUGCUUGGUUGUUGAGUGUUGCAAGCAAAGUUUUGCUGUGA